UGUUAUGCUUUCAAGCUACCUGGUUGCUAUCUUACCAACUUACCCAUUUGUUAUACUAUAAACUUACCCGCUUGUUAUACUUUCAACCUACCUGGUUGCUAUCUUACCAACUUACCCAUUUGUUAUACUAUAAACUUACGCACUUGUUAUACUUUCAACCUAACUGGUUGCUAUAUUAUCAACCAACCAAUUUGUUAUGCUAUACACUUAUCCACUUGUUAUACUUUCAACCUAUCUGGUUGCUAUAUUACCAACUUACCCAUUUGUUAUGCUUUAAACUUACCCACUUGCUAUACUUUCAACCUACCUGGUUGUUAUAUUAUUAACUUACCCAUUUGUUAUACUUUAAACUUACCCACUUGCUAUACUUUCAACCUACCGGGUUGCUAUAUUACCAACUAA